CACUUUCUGAACUGUCUCGGGGGUCGACGCGUCUUCUCGGCGCUCCGAUCGUGCUUGAGCGCGACUCUCGACAGGCUCGGACAAACUGAAAAGACAGAACAUCUUGUAACUUAUUCCUCGCCCCAUCAUUCUACCAUUCCGUUGAAUCCUCGCUAGAAGUGAGGCGACUCUUUUCUGAGCCAUAGAACGACGUUCUCUUUGCAAUGGCAUCUGCCAAGGUCGCCCAGCUCGUAAUUCGAACUCUAGCCAAGCCUAUCAGUAACCAGAUCAAGGUCCAAGCGAAAGAACAUGAGACUUUCCGGAAUUUCUGCGUUAACUUGGCACAACGAAUGCAUCGCGUAGAGGUGAACCUCCGAACCAACCUUCUUGGAGAGCCCGCCAGACAUGUCCGGCCGCUUUCCGAGACAAGGGCAAUCGAGAGUGGUGCCAAUGCUCUAGCGGAAGGUUUCCUCUUCUCCGUUGCAGCGGGCUUGAUCAUAGGCGAAGCCUGGCGAUCAUCGCGAAACCAAUCCAAACGCAGAGACAGCGUUGAUGAGGCUUUGGAGGAUUUACAGACAAAAGUGUUCAGUUUGACAGAGAAGAUCGACGAGCUUUCGACUAGUUUUGAUGAGAGAAUUUCGGAGGAGAAAGAAAGAACCGAAGAGAUUACGCGAAUAUUAGGGCGCGUGGUCGAGAUUGGUCUGCGUGGUGGCAUGACAGAGCUCGAGGGUACACCUUUACUCCUCCCACGAAUACAGCUCAAGCUUGGACGCAAACAACAAAGUGAUGACAUUCCAGCUUCUCAGGAUUAUUCACCUCAGUCGUCAAGCUUGCCGAAUACCGACACUACUAGCGAUGAUACCACUUCUAGGCCACAGUAAUAUGAUGGAUUCCUUGCUUAAUAUUACAGUUUCAACCGCAACAUAUGGUAGUGCGUCACAUGUACAGAUACUUCUAAUGGUAGUCAUGAAGGUGCACUUAGUUAUGAAGGUGCACUGAACUGAACAUGUGCUCACGCCGCUGCCGCAAGAUGGCUAGUUCCUCCCGAAAGGAAUAGCCAUCUAGUUUGGAAUACGAACUGAUGACCUUCAGGCUUGAAGAGGCUAUUGUUAAACUCCAGACGUUCAGAAUCUGAAUUUCCUUUGGGGUCAACAUAUUACUUACGAUGGUCUACCACUGGAUAGUGCCAGUAUUACUUCCCGCGAACCCCUACAGGCUGCCAAUAGGUCCGAUGUUUUGUCACUGGUUGGUACUAGAAUGGAGACCUUGCCGCUAGGCGUCGCCUCCUAUCGUCACCGCUGAACUGCAUUCUCAGUGACCCGUCUGUAACAUUAGCCUCAUUUAAAUGAGUUGAAUUUCUUCUAAUAAAUCAACACAAGCCAAGCUUCUUAUGCUUCUUGUAUACAUUUAGGGCUCAGACAGAUCCGGCGCACAAUAGACUGCUUCUUUUCAG